AUGGCCGGGAGAGGGAAAGAACAACAGGCAAAUGCCAAUGUCGUUUCGGCGCGAACUAGCCGCUCGCAAACUUCAAAGAAAUUGACUGCACCUCCAGGCAAGAAUGCAACCCAAUUACAGCUACAGAAACCCGCCGCUGUCGAUCUGGCUACGGCAAUCCAAGCUCCAACAGCCCAGCAAGUAGACCAACAGCAAAGUCAGGAAUUAAUGCAGAUCAUGAUUCAUGCAAGCCUCAGUUCUGUCCUCUACUUUCGAAGCUGCUUGCCCGAAGACUGCUUUGAGACGCGAGCCUGUUUGAACAACAGUAGCCAGUACAAGUACAGCGACUACACGAGCGGAGAUCAAGGCAUGAUUCAGAACAAGGUCGGCGGGUAUAUUAGAGCGCUCAGUAAAGGUGUCUCUGCGCGGGCUGAUCGUUUCCUCCAUUUGCUGGAGACCGGCAUCUUCGACGCUUUCCAGAGAGGCUAUCUGAGCUCUGUCCAUCUAACAAUGUUCGAAGAAGCAGAAUUCCCUGAUAACGUUCUUGAAUCAUGGACUUUGAGCUUCCACUACGCCGACGUGAGUGGUCAACGAUCACUGUUAAGCAUGGACCUGCUGUCAGACCAAGCAGGCAGCAAGAUCACGCUGAGUCGCGUGAAGCUCUCGCUCAACGACUUGAUCCGAAAGCUAGGACACUCUUGUGCUGAGCUGCCUGCAUUACCAGAGGAGAGACACAUGAGGGUGGAAAUAGGAUACACGAAUAAUCGACCAGAUAGCUAUUUUGCUCCAGGCUUUGAGGAACCAGUUCGAUGCGUAUUCACAUUCGCCUCAGGUGAAAAUUGGGAACGCAACACCAUGAAUGCGGGCCUAGUGUAUACUGGACACCAUGCCGUAGCCCUAAAAGGAUCGCAUCUCAGCAGAAUUAACGCUGACGUUGAAAAUGCACUGCCCACUCUCAUGCAGUAUACUGAAGAAGUAAGUAGGCUGGAAGAUGUUGUGCCUGACUUGGGCGAGCGAGCAGAACGGAUGGAGCUGUCACGACUCAAAUCCCACUCGUCCAAAAGAAAUACAAUACGAUCUGGAGAGUCAUCGCCGAAGAAUGCCGAGGUACAAGAGCUCCGCGGUAUGCUUCAACCUUUGGAGAACCCCUCAAACACACAAGCAACGCAACCCACCCUACGAGAACAGAAGGCCGACGAUGUUGCCACAGGCACGUACAAGCUGAAAUUCUCCAUGGCUGUCAUCGAUGAUGCGGAUAGAGUGCGAGAUGCGACAUUACCACGUCAACGGUAUGUUCUCACGCGUACUGUUCAUGAGCCUAUGGACGGACAUGUGAUCAAGUGCGCUUGUGGACAUGCUGAGGAUGAAGGCGAUUCAAUACUCUGUCAAUUCUGUCACAAGUGGCAGCAUCUUCACUGUAUGGGAUACACUGGCAAGAAUGAUGCCAAGAUUCCGUCGACCUAUCUUUGUUACGAAUGCCUGCUCGGGCAAGAGGAGCGGAGUCUGCAGCAGCAACGAGAGCGAGCUGUCUACCGCCGUGCGCUCUGGCUUUUGCGGCAAACAAACUUUGAGAAUGCACAAACAUUUGGUCGGGCUAUCAAUUACAGCGAGCACGAAGCGAAGAUGGUUAUGCAAGGACUCCGGGAGCAUGGCUUACUGAAGAAAACCGGCAAGCGUUCCAAGUGGCAGGUUGUUCUCGAUGCGUCUGCGGCGACUCAAAGUUGUAUGGAGAUGUACUGCGACCCAAGCAUUGGCAUUGAGCGAUACCUCGAGCCGACGUCGUUUUCUGAUGAGAAGUCGCAAGUCAGUAUGAGGGGUCGGGCGCAGAAGCGAAGCCGAAUGAAUGGGGAGGAGCAAGGGCAGUCCGUUGCCAGACAUUGCAUCUAUGGGGGAGGAACGAUUAGCAUAGAGGCAGCGCACACCCCCAAACGGGCUCGUCAGUCUAGCUGA